GAAGAUAUUUCCAACGACCAGUAGAAAAGUCUCCGACGGGAAAACGAAAUCGAAAGGCGGAGAGAGUAAAAGCAAAAAAAACCAAAUCUUUUGAUUCUUCCUUCGUUUACUCGUACAGAUUCGAGCUUGAUCCAACCGGAGAAAGUCGGAAAAACACCCAAAUGUCUGGCGUUCCGAUUUUAAUCGCUUCUGUUCUCUUCCUCUUCCAUUUACCUUCUCCACUCGCCGUCGCCGCCGAAGCAGAUUCGCCGACGGCGUAUUCACUCCUCCAGAGCUACAACUUCCCCGUCGGAAUCCUUCCAAAAGGAGUCGUUGCUUACGAUUUAGACACAUCAACAGGAAAAUUCCACGCGUAUUUCAAUGAUUCCUGCAGCUUCUCUCUCGUGGGUUCUUACAAAUUGAACUACAAAUCGACGAUCAGUGGUUACAUCUCCGAGAACAAGCUCACGCAACUGAGUGGAGUAAAGGUGAAAGUUUUGUUCUUGUGGCUCAACAUCGUCGAGGUCACCAGGAACGGAGACAAGAUGGAAUUUUCCGUCGGGAUUACGUCGGCGGAUUUCGCGAUCCAGGAGUUUCUGGAGUCGCCUCAGUGUGGGUGUGGGUUUGAGUGCAAGGAUUCGAAAUCGGAGAUGUUUGAGAGAAAUUCCCCUUUUGUUUCAUCGUAUUGAGAUUGAAAAAUAGAAAAGGUACUUUUGAGUGACCUUUUGACAAUGAUUGCGUCUUUGUAUAUCUCCUUUUUUAAUGCUGUGCCGAAUCUCUUGUCCAAUAAUAUGAUCGUAGUUUCUGAAUCUAUAUAUGUUCUUGGCCAUUGGUUGAGGAAUCGAAACUUAUAUUUGGGUUUCCAUUUAUGGGAUCCAAAGUUGUGUAAUAGUGAAGAGAAAGUGAUUGAAGGGAGAUGUGAACAUUGUGAGUUGAAAUUUAGGAAAAACCAAUGAAUUUAAUUGU